AUGGAACAGUAUAUGGGUGGGCUGUUGUCUGAGAAGUUCCUCGACACAAACUUAUCCAUUCCUUUUGCUGGUCCUCCAUUGAAUACUCCUUCGCUCCAGAAGUACAAAAGGAUGGUUGAUGCUUGGGGAGGAUGGAGUCUCUUCCAGGUUUUGCUUCAAACCCUGAAAAAGGUAGCUUCUAAGCAUGAGGUUUCAAUUCCAACAGUUGCUGUGAAAUACAUUCUAGAUCGGCCCUCAGUGGCGGGAUCAAUGAUAGGUGUUAGACUUGGCCUGUCAGAGCAUCUCAAAGACUCCAAUGCUGUGUUUUCACUUGUUCUUGAUGAUGAAGACACAGGCAGCAUACAAGAAGUGUCAAAGAAAGGGAAAGAUCUGCUAAGAGUAAUUGGUGAUUGUGGGGAUGAAUAUAGGCGUGCAUAA